AUGGUUCUCGACAUAUUGCAGCAAUUUCUGCUUCAUGGUUUGUUUAUAUUUGGAGUAUUUUUGGCGAUUCAAAUGAGAUUACAUUACCUCUUUGGACUUUUCCAAUUGAUGGAUUAUUGUCACCUCCAAUGUCCAUUGGAUGGUUGGAGAAAGAUAAAAUCAACAUAUUCAACUCGUCUCGUAUUAGAAUGUGAGUCAGCCAAAGGUUCAGGCAUCUUUUGCAAUACACGCCCAUUAAUUUUUUCUGGUGCUAUAACAUUUGAUUCAUAUUCUUUUAAUUAUUUGGGAACUCAACAACAGGCACUUUGUUAUUUAUCUUUACAACAAAAAAUUUCUGACAAUGAUGACAGGGUUAUUGAUUUUGUUAUGGCUGCAAAUUUGAGUAAUUGUCAUCAAAUUCGUAUAAAUUCUGCUUGUAUUUGUCCAAUUAGUGGAAUUUGUUCAUCCGUUGGAGCAGAUGGAAGAAUGUUUAGUUCAUUAAAUGGGCGUUUGGCGCCUAAAAAUGUAACUGAUAUAGACAAUUUUAUGCAUGGAAGGGCACUUCUUCAAUUAAUUUCUCAUCGAAAUAAUCCAAUAAAUUAUGAAGAGGAUAAUGCUGAAAAUAAGAGCACUUUUUGUUAUUCACACAUUGAUUGUUUGGCAGAAAAAUUUUUGGAAGUUAGACUUGGGGAUUGUGCUAUUUUGGAACAAAAAAAUGUAUUUUAAUUUUAUUUUUUGGUUUUUAUUAGUUUUUAGUAUUUUUAAAUGAUACAACCAACUAAUUUUAGUUUAUUAGAAAUAUUUUCCGUUUUUUCCUACACCCUGAAAACCUAUUAUUGUCUCUGAAGACCUACUUACAACUUUUUGAUCAACUCGAAUUUUUUUAUCGGUUAUUUCUUUACAUUUUAAUCGAUGGAUCUGAAGGAUUAAAGGGGAAAAAAGAGGGAUUAAAUGGGAGUAAGAGAGAGUCUUCAGGGUGUAGGUCUAGAGAGUGUAGAUUUUCAGCGGUGAACUCAUAAUAUUUAUUGGGUGAAUAUGUCUCCUGUUUUAGAUUAUUUUUUGAAUGAGGAUGUAUUGUAAGAAUGGUUAAGUUGGUUGUGUUUAGGUUUUCUAG